GCGCGCCGAUCCAUCCACCGAAAGCCCACACGAAAGGAGCACGCGCGAGGAUGGCGGGCACAACCACCACCGGCGGCGGCGCGGGGGGAGCGGCGCAGGGGGGCCGCCGGGCGCUGGGGCUGCUGGCGAGCGUGGCGAAGCGGAAGGACGGGUUCGUGCAGCUGCUGCUGAUGUCGGGCAUCCUCAUGAUGAGCCUGCGGUCCCUGAGCCAGAAGCACCGCGUCCGCGACCUCGCCAACGACGCCGCCGAGCUCAGCCUCGAGCAGGAGCACAUCUCCCACCGCAUGCGCGAGCUCCAGGACGAGCUCGACCGCGAGGCCGGCGCCGACCCCUCGGGCGCGUUCGCCUCCCACCUCCGCCGCAUCUUCGCCGCCCAC